AUGUCCCUUGCCAAUGUAAAGUUACAAAGAUGGCCGCCGCAUUUAGAGAGAAAUUCAAUGACGAUCUAAACACAAUGGAUUAUCCGGAUUUGCUUCUUUUGCCACAACAUGUAAUGAUGAAAAUAUUCUCAUAUUGUAGUUAUGCACAAUUAGCUGAACUUAGAAAGGUAUGCCAGAUGUUCAACUCCUUAUGUAAAAUGCGUUUAACAGAUGGAUUCAGGAAAGUUGAUCAGUAUCAUAGUCAAAUUCAAAAACAAGUGAAAAGCAAACUUCCUAGACGUGAGUCAGAGAGACACAGUCAUCCACUUGCAAGACAUGUAAAUAUUCUAUCAGCUGUAGAAACCAGAUUAUCUCUUUUAUCCAUGACUUUCACCAAAUACAUUGAUUCCGAUCUCUGCUGUUUUAUACCAGGAAAGGUUUUAGAUGAAUUGUUUUGGAUCUUGAGAACCUUGCAAUGUAUAGACAAAAAGCCUCCAAGAGCUCAUGAAUUUCUACAAGAGCUUCGUGAUAUAUCUUCAAUGGCUAUGGAACAUUUUGAUGAAUGCAUAGUACCUAUAUUAAAACAACAGUUACCAGGACCUUCUACCAGUUUUGUAGAAGAAGCUUUAGAGUCCAUUUCAACGAGUUCAAGCCCGGGUCAGAUUCGCUGGGUUCACAGUCCACGAACCCCAGAUGCUGUAUUUCCACCUUUCCAACCUCUAAACACCAUGAUAAAGACUUUAAAGAAGGGAUUAAGGCAAUCGAAGACCAAAGUAAAUGAACAGCGUAAAUUAAUAAUGGAACAAGAUAAGAAAUUAGCUGAAUUAACAUCUCGACUUAAUCGACAGGAUACCAAAAUAGCCGAUAUGACUCAAAAAAUGUUGUUAUGCGAUAAAAAAUUUACAGAUAUCUUCUCUGCUAUACCUAAAUUAAAAUCUUGGACAGAAACCACGAUGUCGGGAAUUGAUUUUGGAAUUGAUACCAGUGCUACUGCUGUCGCCAUACCAUUAUCUGUAUCAAAGAAACCUGUUAGAACUUCAAAGAGGAAGGUUAGCAAUGAUACUAAAGAUGAUGAACCGUCUUCAUCCUAUGUCAAGUUACGGAAAAGAGCCAAGAAAUAACUUAUAUAUAUAAUUUGUCAGAAUCUUGCUUGCUUCACAAAACAGCUUGAAGAAUCCUGUAAAAAUACUGCAAUAUGCUAACCUCAAAUCAUGUUAUAUUUAUCAGUAGUUUUAUGUGUUUCUGCAUCUGGUUGGUUCAGCCUUGAAGAAUCCUAUUAGAAUACUGUAGUAUGAUAACUUCAAAUCAUGUUGUAUUUCUAAGUAUUCACAAGUUUCUGCAUUAAGUCGGUAACAGUUUUUGGGGUGUGAAAAGAAAAGUGAGCUUUUCCCCCCAUUUCCAGCAUAACUGAUUAAACCACAGUGAAUUCCAGUUCUCCAUCUCCUGCGAUUAGUAAAACAAUAUUAAAAAUUAUGUCAGAUAUCCAAUUAUUUGCCUCUGUUGACAACAAAGGCACAACCAUGAAUAUUCUAUAAUUGCAAGAAAUAAUUUGUGAUAACCAUCAGUAUGGGAGGAUACAAUUGGUGAUUACCAUCAGGAAAACCCAUGAUUGAUGAUUACGAAGAGUAUGGCACACAAUUACCAUCGGGAUAACACAUGGUGAUUACUACCAUAAAUAUGACACAUGAUUGUUGAUUACCAUCAAUAUAGGACACAUUGAUUAUUACCAUUAGUAGGCCUAUGGCUGCUACACUAUGGCACAUCAUUGCCAUUGGGAUAACACAUAGUGAUUACAAGAAGGAUGGUACAUAGUCAGUAUAACACAUGUUUGGUGAUUAUCAGCAGUAUGGCAUACAAUAGCCAUUAGGAUAACACGUGGUGAUUACCAUGAGUAUGGCACAUGGUCGGUGAUUACCAUCAGUGACACAUUAUUGGUAGCGAUUACCUUCAGUAUAAAAGGUGAUUGCCAUCAGUAUGACACACGAUUGGUGAUUACCAUCAUUAAACACACGAUUGGUGAAUACCAUAAGGUCGGAACAUGAUUAGUGAUUACCAUAAGGCCGGAACGUGAUUGGUGAUUACCAUCAGUAUGGCACAUGAUUGGUGCUUACCAUCAGUAAAACACAUAAUUGGUGUUUACCAUGGGGAUAACACACAAUUAGUGAUUACCAUCAGUAUAAUACAUGAUUGGUAAGGCACAUGUUGUUAAGUUUUAUUUUCUGCAUGAGAAGUUAGUGAAAUUUGAUUUCCGUUUUAUUUUAUAUACUAACAAUGAUAUAAAUGUAACUGUUUAUAGUGUGUCAGCCAGAUAAAUAAAUAAAUCCAUUCUA